AUGGCAAAAGCUAAUCUCCACUCCACUUUGUUCAAAUUAUGGCGAAGUGUCAAAUUAUUUAUGUUUCUUCUAACUUUCGCGAUCCGAAUCAUCGAAGAAUUUUACUUUCCUUGUAAUUCGUCUUUUAUGAAGAAGACCUUGAUGAUAUCUUCUCACAGUCUAAGAAGGCACUAUAAAGGAGAACUACUGCAAUUGCUAGAUAUCAAUCUGGAUAUUCAAUACGAAAGGACAGGAGAAGUAUUAAUUAUUAUGCAGAGACAAAAACCACUGCUUUCCAACACGAGGUAUUCUUAUCAUGCAAUAUUCAGCGACAUCUGCAAGACGCGUUUCAGUCAUUUGGUAACCAGAUUAUUCUUCGUUACUACGUUGCUACAAACACUUCUCAUUACUAUCUUGUCUAGUCCUCAGUCGUUUGCAUGGGAGAGAGUUCUUUUAUUUUUCCCAAGGUUUCUAUUCAUUUAUAUUGUAUCCAUAAGCAUUAUAAUCACAAGGAAAAAUUAUUUACACGUUGAAUCCAUUGGAUAUUCUAAUUGGUAUACUACUAUAUUUGGGCAAUUGUGCUCAACUAGAUUCGUUGUGUACCAAUUUAUUUACUGCGUGGGUACAUUUGCCAUUGCUCUGGCAUUGGGAGAUUGUUUCCAAAUUUCCUCUUUAUCAAGAAACUCUGCCUCAUUACAUAAACUAUACGUUUGGUUACUCAUUCCAACAUUGUACAAUUUACAGCAUAAUAUAUUUGACCAGGAUAAAAUUUCAUUUCCCUUUGAAAGUCAAAUUCAAUUACCUCAGCAAUAUAUCAGUAGGAGUUUACGUCAUCUGGUUAUCAAAUCAUUGAUAAUGACUAUAACUUUGCCUAUAAUGGUCCCAAUUUUAUCUUUGAUUUUACCGUUUAAUAUUGUUCCAAGAGGUCUAAUACUGAUUGGUUUCAUUUCCAAUUUAAAGUUAGCAAUAUUAUCGUUCUGGAUUUUUAUGAAUUUUGAAUUUAUCAACGUUGCAUUUUCUGCUCAUAUGUCAAUUGGAUGUUUACAUAAGGGUAAACCAAUUUCAUCAUUGUCUCCAAAUUCCAUGGAAAUUUUGUUAGAUGGCUUAAGUUCCAAGAGGGCAUUUACAAAAUUAACUGCAUUCCAAGAAUUAGCAUACAGAGCUACUUCAAGUGAUAGUUCGUUAAGGUUACCAUUGUAUAAACCUAAUUUUAAAGAUUCAAAUCUAUGGCCAUUAAUAUUAAGAGAAUGUUUAUUGGUAAUUCAAAAUACAAAUGAAUCUGUUACUGGUUAUCUAAGAAAUAUCGAAAUUCAAUCUAGUGUGAAUCAACCAAAGACCAUGUUGGCCACUAGUAAUAGUAAUCUUGGUGAUAAGUCAUUAUUUGAUAGGCAAAGGCAAGAAGAAAUAAUAAGAAAUGAAAUGAUAUUUGGUAAUGCUCCAUCACCAAACAUGCUUAAAUACGAAUCAUUACAAAAUGUACCAAUGCCACUUCCAUCAAGAAUGGCAACUACAUCAUCCCGUCACCGUAUGCCAUUAAGAGAUGAGAAUGUUUUAUUGACACCUCCACCAGCACAUGGUUCAAGGGGACGUCGUUUCCAACCAUCAUCAUCACCGUCGAUUUAUCAACGUAGUCCAUCAAACGUACCCACACAUCCUUUCAAUGAACCGAUCUUAACACAUAGUACAGGACUUACAAGAUUCUUCCAUUUCAUUGUCAAUACUAUCAAAUCAUCAUUAAGUUCAUUUUUCUUCCCAUCAAUCACACCAUCAUCCUCAUCAUCAUCUAAUGCAGAGAAGACGAUACCGCAUUUAUCAUUUUUCAGCAUGUUUUGCACAUCAAAGAAGAAUGAAGCAGACAAAUUAGUCCCAUUACCAAUUUGUCAUGCUGAAAGUGUGAUAUCAUUGAUGGCUUUAUUAAUUAAUUCACUAGAUGAAUCACCAAGGGGUCCCGUUAUUGCUUCUGUCGGUGACGUCUUAAGAUCAUUACAGUUAUCUAUUAAUUGUUUAGGGAAGUUUACUGAAUGGGAACCAUCACCUUUUAAAGAUGUAACGGCUAUAUAUUCUGAAGGGGAAGAGCAAGAGCAAAAAAUCAAAGAAGAAGUUGAUGUUAUUUCUGUGCUUUAUAAUUUGUCGAUUAGUGCAUUUUUGGAGAUUGUAUUGAAAUACGAUGAUUUAUUAAAGGAUGUCAAUUUGGAUGAGGACGUAGUUAAGUUGACAAGAUGGGUUCUUGAGAUGUGUAAUAACAGUACCUUCUUGGCACCUAGCAAUGAAGAACUGUGA